CAGCAACCUGAGCAAACAGGGCCUCUUCCCCGUCCAGGGCACUCCCCGAUCCAAUAGCCGUACCUUGCAGCCCAACGUGACAUCCAUGGGCAUCAACCAGAAUGGCAUGUCCGGGAUGGGAAUGCAGAUGCAAGCCCAGAUGGGCCAGCAGAACCGACAGUUUGGCGGCAUGCCCGGCACGAGCAUGAACAUGGGCGGCAUUUCGUCCAUGAUGCGACAGCAGACGUCAAUGCCUGGCACGCCUAAUCAGAGCCAGGCUCAGCUGUCCAUGAACGAUGAGCUCGACGCCGUCGGCGAUAUGGAGAUGGAUGAGAUGAUGGACGUCGACGACAGCCAGCGCACCAUCCAGCAGACUCGCCAGAUGUUUGGCCAGCAGCAGAGACCGCAGCUGCAUCUGAACAGCUCAGGACUGGGCGGAUUUAACCAACAGGCUCUGCGUACUUCGACGCCGACCACGCCCGGUGCAGGAGGUUUUGGCUUCCAGAACAACCCCACAGUGUCUUCGGUCAACACGCCGACCCUCGGCACCCAGCCAUACCGCGGCCAAUUUCAGGGCGACCCUUCAGGCAUAGCCACACCAACCGGCGAGAUGAUGGAGGAGGAUAUGCCGGCGAUGCCGAAGAUGAGCCCCAUGAGCAGCGCGAACAUGAAUCUCAGCGGCUUGAACGGGCUCAACAUGUCUCAGUUUGGACUCAACAACUUUGCAAAUGGAAAUGGCAACAACAUAAACAACAACUUUGGCACCAUCUCUGACCCCGGCAAGCAGUUAUUCAGCCCGGGUGGUGGCAACGGCAAUGUCCUAACCCCAGAGCAACAGAGCAUGCAACAACAGUUUGCGCAGUUCGGCAUCGAUGCCAGCAUGCUACCCCCUGGUACUGACAUGCAAGCAUUGCUGCAGCAGCUGUCUCCGCUGGCCAUUCAGGAAGAACACAAGCCGUUCAAGUGUCCAGUCAUCGGAUGCGAGAAGGCUUACAAGAACCAGAACGGCCUCAAGUACCACAAGACACACGGUCAUUCGACACAGCAGUUGCACGAGAACGGCGACGGUACAUUUUCGAUUGUAAAUCCAGAGACCAGCGCUCCAUACCCGGGCACCCUGGGCAUGGAGAAGGAAAAGCCAUUCAAGUGUGAUGUCUGCGGGAAACGUUACAAGAACUUGAACGGCCUCAAAUAUCACAAAGCACACUCCCCUCCUUGCGAUCCCGAUGUUGUAGCCCGGCAACAGAAUGCCAUGGCCACACUGGCAGCCAUAAGCGGGAACACCAUGGGCCUGAACAUGGCAAACUUCGCCGCUCUCAACCCCGGCCUUCCGAAUAUCGGGGAGGAAGCUCAAUAGGAUGGGGCGAACCACGAGCCGGAAAUUCAUAUGGAAGAGGGACGAGGCGAGGAGCUAGGAGAGGAGUCUGAUGUGCCUGUCAAAGAGUUGCAUGACAUGUUCAUCGAGGAGCCCAACAGUGACUCCGGCGAUGACCACUCUAUGGAGGAGUUGGAGCAGCUUGUCAAAACCACUUCCAACCCUCCCCGCCGUCUACAUGAUGCGUCGUCACCGCGGCACAAAUGCACUCUGGUGGAUCCCAAUACUGGCGAGCCUUGUAAUGCGGACUUCUCUAGGGCAGGCCACUUGAGGCGCCAUCGGGAAACAUUUCACCACCUCUCCUCUUCUACAUUCCCGUGUGUUGUCUGCAAGAAAGAACGGGCAUUCAACCGUCUUGACACCUUGCAGCGACAUUACCGAC